AUGGGCACUGCAAUACGAAAUCCUUCUUUCAAUUCUUCGGGAUGUUCAUCGCAUUUCGAUAGCACAGAUGACGUAGAAACAGCGAAAAUAAAAAACUUCGCUAAGGAUUUGUUACGAUCAAGGAUAUUUUUGGGUCGUUAUGUAGAGCGUCGCCUAAUUAAUCAGCGUAUUGGUUACCGAGAUAUUGUGUUGCUGAGUGCUGCUGAAGUUGAGUUGAAGAAAGAUUUGUAUGAUGUGCAACAUAAGUUUGAGGUCGCAUCUUCAAACCAAAAGUGUAUUGGUAUAAUUGAUGCUGAAACCCUGGGAAUAAAUGCGUCUGGUCUCUGUAUUUGGACUGAAAUCGAAAAUGAACCUUUCGGACCCUUCUGGUUCCAAAUAAAAAGUAUAAAGUUCAGACCAGAAGAAACAAUGGUUUCAGUAAAAUGUGUGCGCUAUAUAUCGGAAUCAUAUUUGGAAAUUGAACCAAUACUUACUGGCAUAGGGCCUCUGAAAAGUAAAGAAUCUGCAAAUGCCCUACCUUAUGGCAAUGUAGAAACACUAAAUGAUUCUUACAACAAUAUUGUUGCUAUCUUUAAGGAUGCUCUAUCAAUACGUAAUGUCAAAGAAUUCUUAACCUUUUUGUGUGCACUCGUGAUUGCGGUUUUCACAGGAACUUCAACAUUUGUUAAUUUCCUAGGUAAUUUUAUAUUGGCUUUAAUAAGAGAGAUGUCAAUUCUCAUAAAGAAUUCCACACCUAUGUUUCUGGGGCUUUUAGAUUUCUUUAGUAAGAUUAUUGGAGGCUUUUACAUUCUAUUAGCAAUGUUUUUUAAACCAAGUAAUUCACCUCCACACAGUAGAAAUCUUGUACAUUAUAAUCAUCAGGGCCCUCCAAUAUCAAACUAUGACCAUAAACAAUUUGAUUAA